AUGUUCGCACGCAACAUGAACGAGUUUCGUGAUUAUCGUGGCGACAAGAUCGAGACGGCAAAACCAAUGUCGGAAGAAGCGUUGAAGGAAAGGAUAGAGCACAUGCAAAACAUUGUGUUUCCGGCAUUAAAGGAGAAAGUGGAAGUAUACAACCAAGCGAUGAAAGAGAAGUUUGACGCAACUCACAAAAUCAUUGAUUUUCCUGAGAAAAGCCACGUCAUGGUAAGAGUGCAAUCACGAGGCAGUAAGUUGGCACCUGCUUAUGAAGGUCCUUACACCGUGUUACGUAAGACACAAGGUGGCACCUAUGUGCUGCAGGAUGAAACGGGUGCUUUGAUGUCACGCAAUUAUGUACCUUCAGAGCUCAAGCUUAUCUCCCAGGAUGAUGUCGUUCCUAUCGAUGAAUUAUAUGAGGUGGAAGCAAUUCUCAAUCAUCGAGGACAACCUGGUAAGCGUCAAUACCUUGUAAGAUGGAAAGGAUACGGGGAAGACGAGGAUUCAUGGCUCGACCCGGAUGCAUUCACAGAUCCUGAUUUCAUUUUACAAUAUUGGAAAAGACGCAAUGAGCAAGAAGAGGAUGCACCAGCUACACUCAUCCCCAAGAAACGUGUACCAAAACGUAAGUUGCACAAUCCUCAACCUAAACGACGCAGCAAACGCAUUAAGCGUUCGUCGGCAUAA